CGUAGCCUAUAAAUGGGCCCUGUUCUGAUCUCGGGGACAACUCUUGUGACUCCCGUAGCUCGUAGACUUGCCUGGCAUUUACGCUGAAAGGACUGAGCUCAGAAUCUGACCCGGUUGUGCAUCACUUACACAUUCCACUGGGGUGGGAACUUUGAAGCAAGGCCAGUUGCUAGCAGAGUCUGUAAAUCUCUUGGCUUUCAUGUGAACGCGGAAAGUGGCUGGCAAAGAGGGCUAUGCGAAAAGGUCAGAGUCUGCAGUAUUUGGGAAAUGAGUCACCUUCUUUGAGUUUCGAGUUAGGGAGGCUCAGAGGCGCUCGGGAGACUCACCUCAUUGGAGUGUAUGAAAUGGAUUUUAAUGUCAUGCAUUUGUUUUAAAAUCACACUAAUUCCUCUUCCUCCCCAUAAAUCUCUGGGUACACAUCUUUUGGGGCUUGGAAAGGUUCAUGGCUAUAUCUGAAAAGCCAAAUAACAGCUAUGAUGCUCUUUCCCCCUCUUUUAAAUGUAAAAGCCAACUAUGGGGGGAAAGUAAUUGUCUUCAUGUAGAUAAGAAGAAAAAUAAAAUUCUCUUAGCAUGGAGUGGAAAGAAGAAAUUCUUCUCUGUCCCAAUUGCAUUAACUCCCCAAAGCCAGCAGGUGGAGGCAAAGAGCAUCUUUUGGCAGUCAAAGAAGGGAUUAGGGCUGUUUCUAGCUUUGCUACUGACUUGCUGUGUGACCUCGAUCAAGUUACUUAACCUCUCAGUGCCUCAGUUUCCCAGUCUUUAGCAAUUUCUAGUGUUUCAUAUUUCCAAAGUGCUUUGAAAUCUUCAGAAGAAUGGUGGCUACUAAGGAGAAUGAUUCCUGACCCCUAUCAGUUUCUGGGGAGAAUGAAAGAGGGGAGGGGAGAGAGUCUUGCAGCCCUGUGUGAUGCAAUGAGAUGAUAAGAAAGGAGUGGGAAUACUGGGGAUGGGGAGAGGCAUAUCUGAAAAAAGUGGUUUGAAAGAAACUUUUGGGCUGUGAAUUGAGGCACUGGGCAGAGUCAAGAUGGCCUCUCAGGCAGACAGCUGCAUCCAGUUCACCCGCCACGCAAGUGACGUGCUUCUCAAUCUCAACCGCCUUCGGAGCCGGGAUAUCCUCACCGAUGUUGUUAUCAUCGUGAACCGGGAACAGUUCAGAGCCCACAAAACUGUCCUCAUGGCCUGCAGCGGCCUCUUCUACAGCAUAUUCACUGACCAGCUAAAGUGCAAUCUGAACAUCAUCACUCUGGCCCCAGACAUCAACCCCGAGGGAUUCUGCAUCCUGCUGGACUUCAUGUACACCUCCCGCCUCAACCUGAGGGAAAGCAACAUCAUGGCCGUCAUGACCACCGCGCUCUACCUACAGAUGGAGCACGUUGUCGAUACUUGCCGAAGGUUUGUCAAGUCUAGCGAAGCCGAGGUGGUCUCUGCAAUGAAGACGCCAAGGGAAGAGUUCUUGACGGGCCGGAUGCUGAGUCAUCCAGAGGUGAUGGCUUACAGGAGCCGGGAAGUCUCCGAGAACAACAUGCCUCUCCGAAACACACCUCUCUGCGAUGGGAGGGCCUUUGCCUCCAGUUUGUACAGUGGCCUGUCUGGAUCGCCCCUUUCCUACACUGGAUACAACCCCAUUCCAGUCAACGGUUUCCUCUUAGAUGACGAGCUGCGAGAGGCGAGGAUCCCCCUGCCGGAUGUCUCGAGGGUCAACCCUUUCCCAAAGGAGAGAAUGCUGCCAUGUGACAGCUCCAGGACAAUCCCUACAGACUACACCAGAGCUGUCACCGACCUUUCAGCCAACAUGUGCCACGCCACCAUCUAUUCUCCAAAAGAGGCUGCGGCCGAAGAGGCCAGAAGUGACAUGCACUACAGCAUAGCCGCUGGCCCUAAGCCCGUCGCACCUUUGGUCCGAAACAAUCCCUACUUUGCCUGUGACAAAGCAGCCAAAGAAGAAGAGCGGACCUCUUCAGAAGACGAGAUAAGCCAGCACUUUGAACCAACCAACACACCAGCGAACCGAAAGGGUCUCAUCAGCCCCCAGAGCCCCCAGAAGUCAGACUGCCAACCCAACUCGCCAACCGAGUCCAGCAGCAGCAAGAACGCCCGCAUCGGUCAAAGCUCUGGCUCUCUGGGUACCAAGAGCCCUACUGACCCCAAAGCCUGCAACUGGAAGAAGUACAAGUUCAUUGUCCUCAACAACCUAAACCAGAGCACCAAGCAAGACGGUGCCGACCAGAAUGAAGCGGGGACCCUCUCCCCUCACUCCUACGUGUCUGCGUCGGCUUGCCAGCAGUCCAUGGAACCUGAGAAUCUAGACGUCCAGUCCCCAACCAAGCUGAGCUUGAAUGGGGAAGACUCGACAAUCCCACAAGCCAGCAGGCUCAACAACAUUGUGAACAGAUCCCUGGAUGGGUCCCCUCAGAGCAGUGAGGGCCAGUCCCCUCUGUACCUGCAUUCCUCAAAAUGCAGCUCCUGCGGCUCCCAGUCCCCCCAGCAUUCUGAGAUGUGCCUUCACACCCCCGGCUCGACCUUCGGAGAGGAAAUGGGCGAAACCCACUCCGAAUACUCCGACUCCAGUUGUGAAAACGGAGCCUUCUUCUGCAAUGAGUGCGACUGCAGGUUCUCUGAAGAGGCUUCUCUCAAGAGGCACUCCCUGCAGGCACACAGUGAUAAGCCCUACAAGUGUGACCGUUGCCAGGCCUCCUUCCGCUACAAGGGAAAUCUAGCCAGCCACAAAACCGUUCACACAGGCGAGAAGCCAUAUCGUUGCACUAUCUGCGGAGCGCAGUUCAACCGCCCGGCCAACCUGAAGACCCACACACGCAUCCACUCCGGAGAGAAGCCCUACAAGUGUGAGACCUGCGGGGCCAGAUUUGUCCAGGUUGCCCAUCUCCGAGCUCAUGUGCUAAUCCACACUGGCGAAAAACCCUACCCCUGUGAAAUCUGUGGCACGCGCUUCCGGCACCUGCAAACACUCAAAAGUCACCUUCGAAUCCACACAGGAGAGAAACCGUACCAUUGUGAGAAGUGUAACCUGCAUUUCCGCCACAAAAGCCAGCUGCGGCUGCACCUCCGGCAGAAACACGGCGCCAUCACCAACACCAAGGUGCAAUAUCGCGUCUCGACAGCAGAGCUGCCACCGGAACUGCCCAAGGCGUGCUGAAAGCCAGGCGGAUUUCUCUGUGGGGAGAGGGGAAGGGGAGUCUGGGGGAAGGGGGGGGAGAUAUCCAAAGGAUACUUGUAACACUUGUAACACUUUAAAACUUUCAUCACACGAUGGAGUGCCUCUAAGCCCAUAGUGCAGAAGGUGGGAAAAAAUAUUAAAAAAUACACGGGUUUUAUUUUUAUUUUUCCCAGUUAUGUGAAACUAAAAAAAACUUAUUCAGAUUUAAAUGUGUAUAAAAAAUGUCUGUCCAGUGGAGUGUUGAUAAACUCUGGAGUUUAACCUUCACAGUCUGAAGAUGAGGAAGGUCAUGCUGAUUUACGGGAACAGUUGGGUUUUUUUAUUUUUUAUUUUUUGUGUUGUUGGGGUUUUUUUUGCUUUCUCUUUGUAUGCAAAAUGUGUGUUCUUUUAAAGAGACGAAAAGAAUUGUGUACUAUUGAAGAGAGGGCUUUAACUUUUUUAACCAAAGGUGAAGGAAUCUAUGGCAGAGUUUGUGUUGUGUGUAUA